AUGGUCGCCCUGGAGAAUGGCGAGCUGGGACCCCUUCUGUCUCCCGGCACCCUGCGGGGUUUGGAGGAUGAAUGUGUCACAGAUGUCAAGGCUCAGACUCGGGCAGCCCUCCUUCGAGUGUUGCAGGAGGAUGAAGAGCGCUGGGGGGCCAUCGAGGACCAGCCCGGCAGCCUGGCCCAGGAUGUCUGUGAGCUGCUGGAAGAGCACACGGAACGUGCACCCCGUAUCAGCCAGGAGUUUGGGGAGCGGAUGGCCCACUGCUGCCUGGGGGGGCUGGCCGAGUUCCUGCAGAGCUUCCAGCAGCGUGUGGAGCGGUUCCAUGAGAACCCAGGAGUCCGGGAGCUGCCGCCCGACACUUACAUCAGCAGGACCAUUGCCCUGGUCAACUGUGGGCCCCCCUUACGGACCCUGGCCGAACGCCUGGCCCGAGUGGGGCCCCCUGAAAGUGAACCAGCCCGGGAAGCAGCGGCCAGCGCUCUGGCCCGCGUGACCCGGCUGUGCCACCGAGUCCUGGCAGACCUGCUGUUCCAAGAGCUGCAGCCCCACUUCAACAAGCUCAUGCGGAGGAAGUGGCUGAGCAGCCCCGAGGCCCUGGACGGCAUCGUGGGCACGCUGGGUGCCCAGGCGCUGGCGUUGCGCAGGAUGCAGGACGAGCCGUACCAGGCACUGGUGGCGGAGUUGCACCGGCGGGCGCUGGUCGAGUACGUGCGGCCCCUGCUCCGCGGGCGCCUGCGCUGCCGCUCGGCGCGGACCCGCAGCCGCGUGGCCGGGAGGCUACGCGAGGACUCGGCGCAGCUGCAGAGGCUGUUCCGGCGGCUGGAGUCGCAGGCCUCUUGGCUGGACGCUGUGGUGCCCCAUUUAGCCGAAGUCUUGCAGCUGGAAGACACGCCUAGCAUCCAGGUGGAGGUGGGGGUGCUGGUUCGGGACUACCCAGACAUCAGGCAGAAGCACGUGGCGGCCCUCCUGGACAUCCGGGGCCUUCGCAACGCCGCUGCCCGCCACGAGAUCCUGGCAGUAGCCCGGGACCUGGAACUGUCCGAGGGAGUGGCCCUGGCGACCCCUAGGGACCGGGCCUUUUUCGCAGACAUCCCCGUGCCCCGCCCUCCUUUCUGCCUCGGCCUGCCGCUCCUCCUGGGCCGCCUGCCCCUCUCCCGGCUGUCCAGGCCCAGGCUGGCCUGUCUGCCCCGGCCUCGACCUCCAUCCCUACCACGACCCCGGGCCCAGCUCUGA